AUGGAUCGAUUUCCGGGGUUAAGCAGACCAAGGAUAUCAUACUUCCCACUGUUCAAGGCAAAACCACCCAAGUCCCAACAAGCACCUCCAGCUUCUCUUGAAUGCCAUAUGGAUAGCUCCCCAAUCAUUGUUCUUGACCACAACCACAGCGGCGACGGUUCGGUAAUCUCAGGAUCUCUAUUACUACACAUCACCGAAAACGGCAUCCAGGUCGAAAAUCUUCACGCAAUUGUAAGAAUUCAUGCAACGUACAAGAAGCCUUUUAAAAAGGGCUGCAGAGGAUGCAAGUAUCAGACCACCGAACUCAAGCGUUGCCAGCUCGUCACGACCGCCACCUCCCUCGACCGCGACACCUAUAGCUAUCCCUUUUCUUUUCAAAUACCGAGCUAUACUCCACCAACAAUGGAUACAUCGAUUGUUUCAAUUGUCUACAAGGUAGAAGCAAUAGCUUCUAUUCAACGACAAGGACCCAAAUCACAACCUUCCGAGAGUAUUGCCUUCAGCCGUACCAUUCAAGUCGCACGAUCCAUCCCUGUUCCCAGUACUCAGGCAAUUUCGAACCGCAUCUACCAGGCUGACGGGAUUGAAGUGAGCUGCCGGUUCAACUCUGUCAUGAGUCCUACGGGCAAAAACAAAGCAACACUCACCAUGAGCGGCCUUCGGAGUUGUCCUGGAAAUGGCGAGGAUGUACAAUUCUGGCGUGUGUGCAAGGGUACAUGGAUACUAGAAGAGACAGCUGAAACCACAGCCGUGGCAUGCACUGAGCAUGCACACGGAAAUGGUGCUGAAAGGAGCACAGCCCGGAAGAAGACAAAAGCGUUGGGAGAGUCAUCCUUCUAUGAUGGAUGGGCGACAGAUGAUCAGGCUGGUAGCCUCAGCAUAGAAUUCCCCUUCUCGACUCGAACACGCUCGAUGAAAUUCACCCAAGAUACAGGCGACUGUGGCGAUACAUUUAUCACUCACACGUUGGUACUCGAGCUGCAGCUCAUGAAGGAGAUCUAUCCAAGAGGCAGAUCGGAUUUAUCAGUCAGGACAGGCGUGGGAAGAAUACUUCGUUCAGAACAUCGGGUCGUCUUCAGCGAUUAUGCAAGACUUUCAGGUUCUGCAGACGCCCAUGCAGAGAAUUUGCCAUGCUAUCACGAUUUGUGGCCCAGACCCCCUAUAUACAAAGAGGAACAUGUUGGAUAG